UUGGUAUCAGCCGACCAGGAAUUGGAGGAGCUGGGCAACGGCUACGAGGUUGCCGAAGGGCCCCUCUGGUGGCACGAAGCGGGGCACCUUAUUUUUAGCGAAGUAAGGGGCAACAAACGACGGCAGUGGACUCCCGGCAGCGGCAUCACCCUGUUGCAGGAAUCGACCAACAACGCCAACGGACUGACCAGGGACCUCCAGGGCAGGAUGAUUCUCUGUGAAGGCGGCGCGGGGAGGGUGACGCGGAUGGAGCCGGACGGCAGCAUCACGGUGGUGGCCAACAGCUACCAGGGCAUGCGAUUGAACCGGCCCAACGACGUGGUGGUAAGGUCGUCGGACGGCAGCAUCUACUUUACUAACCCCGGAGCGCCGGACCCGGAAUUUCCGCUGCCAUACUCCGGCGUCUACCGAGUGUCUGCGGACCUGGGUACGAUUUCGCUAUUGGUGUCGGACUUUGCCUUUCCAAACGGCCUGGUUUUCUCGCCUGACGAAAGCAUCCUCUACAUCGCCGAUUAUCGCGGCGGAAGGAUCAGGGCGUUCGACGUGAACCCAAACGGGAUGUUGAACCUGGCCAGCGACCGGGUGUUCUGCCAGCUUAUCGCGCCCGUCCCCUCCACCCCUUAUGGCCCCGACGGAAUGAAGGUGGACGUCGAAGGCAACGUCUACAGCAGCGGGCCCGGCGGCGUGUGGAUCAUAGACCCGGCGGGCAACCAUCUGGGGACAAUCCACACCGGGGCGCAGACGACCAACGUGGGUUGGGGCGGGGACGACUGGAAGACCUUCGGCGGGGAGCUGAAGGAGUACGCCGAGACUGCCGAACGCUGCGGCUACGAGUCCUUGUGGGUCACCGAGCGGUAUUUCCACGAGGAGACCUUCUCCAUGCUGGGUUUUCUGGCCGCCGUGACCCAUGAUAUUAAGCUGGGCGUGGGAGUGGUCAACCCCUUUACGCGAAAUCCGGCGCUGACCGCAAUGUCGGCGGCCACCCUCGACCGCAUCUCCGGGGGGAGGUUCUUGCUUGGCCUUGGCAGGAGCGACAGUUGGGUGGUCCAGUACCGGAUGGGGAUACCGUACCGCGACCCCCGUGCCAGCCUCAAAGAGACGGUUGAGACCGUGCGCGCCCUGCUGUCGGGCAGUCCUGUAACUUCCGAAGGAGGCCAAUUCAAUCUGGCCAACGUGGGGCUUGCGACCUUGCCCGUACAAGACCGGCUCCCAAUCUAUCUCGCGGCGAUAGGUCCCAGGGCGCUGCGGCUGGCGGGCGCGGUCGCAGAUGGCGUGUUGCUAAACGCCUAUACUCCCACAACCUACAUCAGCUACGCCGUGGACGAAGUGCGGAGGGCCGCACUGGUGCGCCCGACCGACGACCCCGCGGGCAUGUUGGAAAGCCUCAAGUCGCGGGUAGUGCGGCUGCUGGACGAACCCCACGUCGGUGAGAUUCUGCUGGAGAAGGGUGGCUAUGAUCCGUCCAUACUGCCCGCGCUCCGGGAGUCGGUGAAACAGGACGGUGGGCGGGACGCGGUCAGCCUCAUAAGCGACGACAUGGUGGACUCGUUCUACGUCGUCGGUCCGCCUGAGCGGUGCAGGGAACGGAUCGAAGAAUAUCGCAGAGUUGGUGUCGACCUGCCACUGCUGCUCCCCAGACUGGAAGACUACAAGCAGGUGGCCACGACGCUGGCAGUCACUUGA